AGGUUUCUGACACAGUAAGAGUCAAAGGUCGCUCUAAAGCUACUCUGGUUCCUCAAAAAGGCUAUGAUUUCCAAGGGGCUAUUUUCUUUUAUUUGCUUCACCCUCUCCCCAAUGGCGCUUGCUUUGCUGGUGUUAAAGCAGACCUAGGAAAUAUGGAUCUAAGUCAUAUGAGAGGCGUUAUGCUCAAAGUGCGUCGAGAGGGUGAAAACUCUCGCUUCAAGCUUAUAUUACAUCAUAAUGGGUCAGCAUAUCCGUCCUACACGUCCAAUUUCAUUGCUCCGAAGAACGAAUUCAUUGAUGUUUUUCUUGACUUUAGUUCAUUUCUGCCAUUUCACUGGGGAAGACCCGUCAAAUAUGCACACCCUUUAAAUACUAGAAAUUUAACUUCCUUGUCUUUCCAAAUAGCUGGAGGCGUCUACGAUGACUUUAAGCAAUCUGGCCCCGGAAGCUUGGAGAUAGCUUGGGUACAAGCGCUUUCAUAA